AUGGACGAAACUUACCACUGCGUCCGAAAUAGCAAAGGGCCUCAUCGAGUAGACCCCAACGUGCUGGAGAUGCAUGAGGACGCUCGUCCAAUCGAGCUCACUUAUUUGGCCUUACAGGAGCUGAACGAGCAGAGCUUGCAGGAGAUGGAGCAGCCAGGACCGCUUGUAGAACUCCAUGCGCACGAGCCUUCGGAGAUACAGCUCAACAAAGACUACCGUGGAAACGGAAUCUUCAAGCCAGAGAUUCUGCUGUUGUUAAGCCAAUUACGAAAUGGAGACCAGGACCAGUCCGUCUGA